UUGCAGAUUCACUUGUUCAUACUUCGCUGCCAGGUACUGCAGUCUAUGUUAGAUAUCUUGGAGCGCAAACCCAGAACGGAUGAGGUUAAGUCGAAUAUACACAUACACUAUGACAAUAUCUACCGCUUUGCCUCCAAAGCCGGAAAGCUUGCAGAGGGAUUUGAUGAUACUACUUUGCAAGCACGCAGUGAGUACUGGACUGGACGUGGUUGCGGCGGCUUGGGAGACUGGCAGUCUGCCAAGACGCAUUUUGGGAAUGCAAUCAAACUCGACACACCAAAUAGUGCGAACUAUCACAACGGCUUUCAGAAUAGAGGACUACGUCCAAAUGAACGGGCAGAUGUACGUUUCCUGCUUCAUAUUGCCACACGGCGCUACGAUAGAUGGGUCCACAAGAUAGAGGAAGCCCGUAAGACCCUGAGUGAGCUUGAGUUUGAGGAGAUUGAUUGGGAAAAGGAAAGCAUGAAAGAUGGUUAUUGGACACCCUACCGUGAUGGCUUGAAGCGUGCCAUAAAGCAACAGGCAGAGAUAGGUCGAAAAACAGGCAGACCCAUGAACCAUCUGCUCACCAGCGAAGGCCAAGAGGCAAACAUUCUUAGCCAAAAGGAGAUAAAAAUGGUGCUAAGAAGACUGGCCAAGCGAGAUGACAAGGCACUCCUCUGCAGGACACUCAACGCGGAGGAAUGGCGUUAUAUUUUCCGCGGUAAUGCAGCCGUGGGGAAAGACAAUCUUAGUGCAAAUGACACUGGCAAAGGCGAAACAAAAGACUGUUUACCCGAUCAACCGGUUGAGCAUUCUUUGCCUCCUUCGAUCCACGCCUCUGCACAGCCAUCACCUGAAAUAUCACGUAACCUGUGCGACGAACUGGAAGAAAACGAAUACCAAAGUGGUGGGGAA